CAGUGUUCAAUCGUGUGGCAACGGAGUCCGGACGUGUGUGCGGUUAAGUUUUUGUGUGUGAAAAAGAAAAUUGCAUAAACCCAAAAUCAACAAAAAACCAUGGCUGCAAGAUUGAUUCAAAAGAUUUUAAAAAGUAUUGGAAUUAAUGUCUCCCGGGAAACAAAUGCAUUGCCCUCGAGUGGUAUAAAGGUUAGCACAACCCCAGCCUGUGGUCGCUCCUAUUCCUCGGGUGUACGCAAGGUCACUUUAAUUCCCGGUGAUGGUAUUGGACCUGAAAUUUCUGCUGCCGUGCAAAAAAUUUUCACUGCUGCCAAUGUGCCCAUUGAAUGGGAAGCCGUUGAUGUGACUCCCGUCCGGGGUCCUGAUGGCAUGUUCGGUAUUCCACAAGCUGCCAUCGAUUCAGUAAACACAAACAAAAUCGGUUUGAAGGGUCCCUUGAUGACACCCGUUGGCAAAGGUCAUCGCUCCUUGAAUUUGGCCUUGCGCAAAGAAUUCAACUUGUACGCCAACGUCAGACCAUGCAGAAGUUUGGAAGGUUACAAGACCUUGUACGAUAAUGUUGAUGUUGUGACCAUUCGUGAAAACACUGAAGGUGAAUACUCCGGUAUUGAACAUGAAAUCGUUGAUGGUGUUGUACAGAGUAUUAAAUUGAUUACUGAGGAAGCCUCGAAACGUGUGGCCGAAUAUGCUUUCCAAUAUGCCAAGAACAAUAACAGGAAGAAGGUUACUGUUGUCCAUAAGGCCAAUAUUAUGCGUAUGUCCGACGGUUUGUUCUUGCGCUGUGUCCGCGACAUGGCCAACAACUAUCCCGAAAUUAAAUUUGAGGAAAAGUAUUUGGAUACCGUUUGCUUGAACAUGGUACAAGAUCCCAACAAAUACGAUGUUUUGGUCAUGCCUAACUUGUAUGGUGACAUUUUGUCUGAUAUGUGCGCCGGUUUGGUUGGUGGUCUGGGUUUGACUCCCUCUGGCAACAUGGGUCUUAACGGUGCCCUCUUCGAAUCUGUUCACGGUACUGCCCCCGAUAUUGCUGGCAAAGAUUUGGCCAACCCCACUGCCUUGUUGUUGUCUGCUGUCAUGAUGUUGAGACACAUGGAACUUAACUCCCAUGCCGAUAAAAUUGAACAAGCUUGCUUUGCUGUCAUUAAGGAAGGCAAAUACUUGACUGGCGAUUUGGGCGGCAAAGCCAAGUGCUCCGAAUUCACAAAUGAAAUUUGCUCCAAACUGUAAAUAGUUUCCUCGGCAGCAAAAAACCAACAACAUCGCCACAAACUCAUAUUUGUUUUAAGCCAAAUAAUAAAGAAUUGCAUCGUUCAAAACAACAACAACAAUAACAACUAUAUUCUCAAAAUACAUAAGAAGCUCUUAAAACAUCAAGUAACAACGGAUAGUAUUGUAUGUUCGAAUACCUACUUAAUGCAAUUAAAUGCAAAAUUUUAUUAUAAUUAUUAUUUUUUUUUCGAUUAGUUAGAGAAAAGGAAAACAAAAAUUUUUGCCCUCCUUACUUUGCCGUAUUAUUUUUUAAUUUGUAAUUUAUUAUGUUUAAUUAGUUUUUUUUUUUGUUUUUGUCCAAAAAAAGAAGUCAUUAUAUUGUUAUUUAAAUAUUUAAAACUAAUCAGCAGCCCAAUUUACUUUUCAUUUGUAAUUAUAUUUCUGCUCCCACCACCAUUAAAGUCAAAGAAAAAAACCAACAACAACAUCUGCAUUACCAAACUACAAAUGCAAAUGCAAAGAACGGGAAACCCCUUAUGAAAAUUGUCAUCAAAAUAAACACAAAACAAUUGUUGAGAUAAAUAUAUAAAUAAAAAGAAAUGAUAUUUAAAAGAAAA